ACGCAGUCAAUUGCUUCUUCAUUUCUACGGUAACUGCGGUACAAUAAAGAGUCGUCGGAGGAAACUGUAAAUAAUAGUGAUGUGAUCCUCCUUGUGAUUAAUUUUUUUCAAUAAGUGCGCUCAUAAACCGUACCAAUUAAUAAAAAAGUGUAUAGUUAUGGUAAUUAAUAAUGUGCUCCAAUUGUCAACAAGGCACAGAACCAUGAUGGAAUAUGAUUUUGAAGCAUGAUGGAUUGGUGGCGUUCAGCCUUACUCAUAAUCCAUACAAUUCUUAGCUCACUUCCCGUUUUGAAUCCUCAAAGCUUACCGGACAACCGAUGUUAUCUAGAAAAUGGGGCAUCUUCGGAAAAUUUCUUUGUAUCGGAAGAUUCGCCGAUAGGAUCGAUAAUUGGACAGGUCCGUAUACAUGGAGAUCCAAGGCCUGGAGGCACCAUAGCCCUGCGUCUGCGAGAACCCGACAGUCCGAUCGCCAUUAUUUCGAGUUCACGAAACUUAACACUACGACGAGCACUGGACAAGGAAGGCAUCAGCGGGCCGUCGUCCGUCUUUAUUAAUCUCAUAUGUGAACGUCUGCACACCGUCGAUCCCGGAUUUGUGAUUCCGAUUAACAUUCGCGUGACCGACGCCAAUGAUAACGCGCCAAAAUUUAUAAACGCGCCCUAUGCUUUGAAUAUAUCUGAAGUGACUGUGGUUGGCACGCGUGUGUUGCAAGGUGUUCAUGCGGUCGAUGAUGACCAACAGGGACCGUUUUCAAGUGUGCGUUACUCGGUCCUUCCAGGAAUGUACGCGAAUUACUUCGAUUUCGAGAACGAACUGGAGGGCACUCUGGUGCUGAGGAAGCCGUUGGACUAUGAAAGUUUACGGACUUUUGAUGUGGGGAUUCGCGCCCAGGAUCACGGUGAUCCUCCAAAAUCAUCGGACACGACCUUAACCGUGUAUGUCGUGGAUGCAGACGAUCAAAACCCCAGGUUUUUGGAUGAUCGAUACAGUGCCACACUUCUAGAACCUCCACUAAAGUCGACUCCUUUAGAUAUAAAACCACGUGACAUUAAGGCAUUCGAUCAAGACAUUGGGAUCAACGCCGCCGUUUUCUACACUUUCAACGGUGUAGGCACUGACUAUUCUUACUUUAAAAUUAACAGACACACCGCUAAGGUGGCCCUAGCAAAAGACCUGGCGCAGCACGACUUGCAACAUCCUGCCACUUUAGUCAUACGGGCCACCCAGCAGGACAACCCUGAUCGUUACGCUCUAGCGACACUAACUGUGACCAGAAAUGGGGGUAACUCCAUACGCUUCUUGAGGCCAGUGUACAAUAUAAAAGCGCCCGAAUCUCUUCCAGUAGGUACAACUUUGACGAUAUUGGCUAGCAACAGGCAUGAACCUUUAAAAUAUUUCGUCUCCGACAAGGACGUUUUGGACGUCUUCGCCAUAAACCCCAAAGGGGAACUGGCACUGAGACAACAGUUAGAUUACGAGAAACGCGCCGAGUACACUUUCAGAGUGUUUGCUACUGAUGGGGUUACUAAUGAUUCCAGUGUUGUCAACGUAAGCGUGGAGGAUGUUAACGAAUGGGAGCCACAAUUUCGUUACUCGCAUUAUGAGUUUUUUGUCUCGGGUCGUCCGGAAGAAUUAAUAGGGCGCAUCGAAGUAGGCGAUGGGGAUCUUAAUGACGAAAUAACUUUGACGUUAGCUGGAGCUAACGCGUCCCAGUUUUCAAUCGCUCCAAAUGGCGAACUGAAAAUCAACGAUUUGAGCGAACGAUUCGGAAUUGCGAAGUUAAUGGUGAUUGCCAGCGAUAACGGAAAUCCCCCACGAAAAGCCACAGUUCCGGUAAUCGUGCAUUUUAAUCGAAAAGGAAGCAUAGCCGAUGAGUUGCUGGCUGGUUCCAGCAUACCUAAUGGAAUGCUUCUUUUGGGGGGGUUCGGGGCUAUCCUAUUACUGCUCGCGAUCGUGAUCGCCAUUUUGAUCGUCUAUAUUUGCAAAGCCAAACGAUCCGGGAAUGAUGGGCAACUUCAAGAUGGUUCGGAAAAGCAAGGUCCGGAUAAGGUCAGUAAUCCAGUAUUUGGCGACGUUUUGCGAUCUCCCACAGCUUCGGCUCUUGGUGGUGUUCCAAAUAGCGCUAAUAGUAAAUCUAAGCCAAGUCCAAAGGUACAUCCGGCACCUCAACCGCCGCUUUGGCCACAUUCUGCCAUGUCCAACAGGGUUAAGAAAUUGAGUUGGGGAGAUGAUAAGAUCGACGGCGAAAUUAACACGGAAAACACCUUCGAAGCGCCACAAAGAUUAAAUGAUAACACGAAUCUAACGGUAUACUUUUAACAAGAGUUGUAAUUACAUAUAACAAUUGUACAGUGCUUUAACUAGGUAGGUUGCUAUAUAAAGAAUUAUUUAUGUACGUAUUUGUUAUUAAAUAAACAAAAAUCUAAUUCA